GUCGACCUGGAUUCUACUUCCUUUCUCGACUCGAGUUCCCGGCCAGGCCGUCGCACGCCUUUUAUUUGUGGCCACUAAGCAGCAAAACUGGAUUUAAAAAGGAUUCAAACUAGAAAGACACAUCGCAAAAUAACUUUCACAAGGACGUAGAUUGAGCCCUUCCUUCAGCAAUGUCUCGUUUCUUCGCCACCGGGUCUGACAGCGAGUCAGAGGAGUCCUCAUCCGCCGAUGAGAUCACCCCUAAAGCACCCGGAACAACCUACAAGCAGUCGCUGCUCCUUAGUGAUGAUGAAGAGGACACGAAGAGAGUGGUGCGCAGCGCUAAAGACAAAAGGUUCGAGGAGUUGACCAACCUCAUCAAGACCAUCCGAAAUGCCAUGAAGAUUCGUGACAUGGCCAAAUGUCUGGAGGAGUUUGAGCAGUUAUGUCGAGCCUUCCUCAAAAGCAAGACUAUAGUGGACAAAGAGGGUGUUCCCUCUUUUUAUAUCCGUCUGCUGGCCGACUUGGAGGACUACCUGAACCAGGUUUGGGAGGACAAAGAGGGAAAGAAGAAGAUGAACAAACACAACGCCAAAGCCCUCAGUACGCUACGUCAGAAGAUCCGCAAGUACAACAGAGACUACGAAACAGAAAUAACUUCAUACAAGGAGAACCCUCAGGAGUCAGCCGAUGAAGAGGAGGAGAAGGAGGCUGGGGAUUCCGGCUCAUCUUCUGAUAGCGACGGAGAGGAAGAUGAAGAUGGCGUUCCAGCCAAGUCCUUUUUAAAGAAGAAGCCUGAGGUUGUCCCCGAUGCCAGCAAGUUCCUUAAGUCCGCUAAAGGAUCCGGGGAUGAGUCUUCAUCGAGUGAUGAUGAAGAUGAAGACUGGGGCUCCGACACUGUAGACAGCGGCAGUGAGAGCUCCGAUGAAGGGGAGGGAAAGAGCGCUUCCCUGGCUUUGGUCUUCCUCAAGAAGGCCCAGGAGAGUGAGAAGUCCACUGAAAAGAAGCCCAGUAAGAAGAAGAAACACAAGAAAAAGGAGCUCCGCGAGGAGGAGUUUGAGGAAGAGGAGGGCGGAGAGGGGGUGGAGGGGGGCUGGGAGAAGGUGAAAGGAGGCGCCCCGAUGGUUAAGGAAAAGCCUAAAAUGUUUGCCAAAGGCACUGAGAUCAAUGUACCAGUGGUCGUGAAGAAGCUGAAUGAGAUCCUGCAAGCAAGAGGCAAAAAGGGCACAGACAGGGCGGCCCAGAUCGAGCUGCUCCACGCUUUGGCGAACAUCGCUGGUGAGAAUAACCUGGGCCAAGGCGUCCUGGUGAAGAUCAAGUUCAACAUCAUCGCCUCGCUGUACGACUACAACCCCAACCUGGCCGCCUUCAUGAAGCCUGACAUGUGGAAGAAGUGCCUGGAGUGCAUCGAUGAGCUUCUGGACAUCCUGUUCGAACACAACGACAUCUUCAUCGGGGAGAACAUUGCAGAGGACAGUGAGAGUCUGAUCAUCUCAGACCAGCCAUUUAGGGUGCGUGGGUGCAUCUUAACGUUGGUGGAGAGGAUGGAUGAAGAGUUCACAAAGAUAAUGCAGAACACCGAUCCCCAUUCACAAGAAUACGUCGACAACCUGAAAGAUGAGGGGCACGUUUGCGGCAUCAUUGACCGGCUGCUCGACUACAUGGAGACCAAAGGCAGCACCGAGGAGAUUUGCCGCGUCUACCUGCGCAGAAUCAUGCACACCUACUACAAGUUUGACUACAAGGCUCACCGGCGCAGUCUGGGCCUUCCGGUCGAGUCCAAGUCCGAGCAGGACCAGGAGGAGAGCGAGGGGGAGGACAGCGCUGUGAUCAUGGACCGCCUCUGCAAGUUCAUCUACGCCAAAGAUCGCACCGACCGCAUCCGCACCUGCGCCAUCCUCUGCCACAUCUACCACCACGCUCUGCAUUCGCGCUGGUACCAGGCCCGCGACCUGAUGCUCAUGAGCCACCUGCAGGACAACAUCCAGCACGCCGACCCCCCCGUGCAGAUCCUGUACAACAGAACCAUGGUGCAACUCGGCAUCUGCGCAUUCAGGCAGGGCAUGAUUAAAGACGCCCACAACGCCCUGCUGGACAUCCAGUCCUCUGGCCGAGCCAAGGAGCUCCUGGGUCAGGGCCUGCUCAUGAGGAACAUGCAGGAGAGAAACGCAGAGCAGGAGAAGAUUGAAAAGAGAAGACAAGUGCCGUUCCACAUGCACAUCAACCUGGAGCUGCUGGAGUGUGUGUACCUGGUGUCGGCCAUGCUGCUGGAAAUCCCCUACAUGGCCGCCCAUGAGUUUGAUGCCCGCCGCAGGAUGAUCAGCAAGCAGUUCCAUCACCAGCUGAGGGUGGGAGAGAGACAGCCGCUGCUGGGACCCCCAGAGAGCAUGAGGGAGCAUGUGGUGGCAGCCAGCAAGGCCAUGAAGAUGGGAGACUGGCGUACCUGCCACUCCUUCAUCAUCAACGAGAAGAUGAACAGUAAAGUCUGGGACCUGUUCCCUGAGACGCAGAGAGUGCGCGAGAUGCUCGUCAGGAAGAUCCAAGAAGAGUCUCUGAGGACUUACCUGUUCACCUACAGCAGCGUGUACGACUCCAUCAGCAUGGGGACACUAUCUGAGAUGUUUGAGUUGGAGAUACCCACAGUCCACAGCAUCAUUAGCAAGAUGAUCAUCAACGAGGAGCUGAUGGCGUCACUCGACCAGCCCACCCAGACCGUGGUGAUGCACCGCACCGAGCCCACCUCCCUGCAGAACAUGGCGCUGCAGCUGGCGGAGAAACUCGGCAGCCUGGUGGAGAACAACGAGCGCGUCUUCGACCUCAAGCAGGGCAUCUACGGAGGAUACUUCAACAGAGAUCAGAAAGGUGGCUACCAACAGAACAAAUCUUACAACAGAGAUCAGAAAGGUGGCUACCAGCAGAACAAAUCCUACAACAGAGAUCAGAGAGGAGGUGGCUACCAGGGCGGUGGUGGCGGAGGCUACCAGGGCGGUGGUGGCGGAGGCUACCAGGGAGGAGGAGGAGGCGGAGGCUACCAUGGGGGUGGCGGUGGCGGCUACCAUGGAGGUGGAGGUGGUGGCGGCUACCAAGGAGGUGGAGGAGGCGGCGGCUACCAUGGAGGCGGAGGAGGAGGCGGCGGCUACCAUGGAGGCGGAGGAGGAGGCGGAGGCUACCAUGGAGGUGGAGGAGGAGGCGGCGGCUACCAUGGAGGAGGAGGUGGAGGCUACCAUGGAGGAGGAGGUGGAGGCGGCGGCUACCAAGGAGGUGGAGGCGGCGGCUAUCAUGGAGGUGGCGGAGGGGGCUACCAGGGAGGAGGAGGAGGUGGCGGCUACCAGGGGAAUAGAGGCGGCUACAAUAGAGGAGGCUACAGAAAUCAGAACCACCAAAGCAACUACUGAGGUUGAACCGUGUGUCUUUCAGUGGCUCCAGCUGAACUAUUCUUCAUUCCACAGUAACAUCAAUCUGGGAUUCUGUGCUCAACGCUCGGCUGCAUCUGCAGUGUUAUUUCAGUACUUCUCUGACUAGAGAUUUAAGGUUAAUGUU